AUGUCAUCUUCAUCAUCAGAUAUCAUACUUAUCACUAAUUUAAAAAAUAUUCUUUCUCAAUUAAAUUUUUAUUUUGGUUUAUUUAUCUUUAUAUUUGGUAUUGUUGGUAAUACUUUGAAUAUUUUAAUAUUAUCUCAACGAACUCUUCGUUCAAAUUCAUGUGUCAUUAUCUUUCUAGCAUCUUCAACAGCAGGCAUCAUUGCAAUUUUAUCGGGUCUUACAUCUCGUGUUAUAUCAGGUGUUACUGUAGAUUUAUCAGCAACAAUUAGUUGGAUUUGUAAAUUACGUGGUUUUAUCUUAUAUACAUCACGAGCAGUUACUUUUUGGUUAAUUAUGUUGGCUGCUAUUGAUCGAUGGCUUUUAUCAUGUAGAGAUGCUCAUCGUCGUAAUAUGAGUUCAAAAUCAAAUUCAUUUCGUGGUAUAAUUAUUAUAACAAUACUAUCAAUUCUUAUACAUUCUCAACUUUUCUACUGUUACGAAGCUAAUCUUAUUAAUACACCAUUAAAAUGUUAUACAAAAAAUAUUGAAUGUCGUUUAAUAAAUGAUUUAGCAUUUGCAAUAAUUGCAAUACUUCUUCCUUUAAUAUUAAUUUUAAUAUUUGGUUGGAUGACAAUAUUAAAUACACGUUCAACUAAAAAUCGCCUUGAACCUAUGACUAUGACUACUAUCAAUCAACCAAUACAAAUAAGUACGACUAAAAAGCAAUCUAAGAAAACAGAUCAACGUUUGCUCAUCAUGCUUUUUGUACAAGUUAUUUUUCUUGCUUUAUUUACACUACCACUUGCACUUCAAAAGCUUUAUGCAACAUUUACUUUGAACAUUCCUAAAUCAACAUUACAAAUGACUAUUGAAGAUUUUAUAUAUCAAAUCGCUUUGAUUUGUACAUAUUUUGCAACUGCAAUGCCAUUUUAUAUUAAUACUCUUAGUGGUGGAUAUGUUUUCAGAAAAGCAAUGUAUACUUUGAAAAACUCAAUUAUUCAGAAAGUGAUUUGUAAAUAA